AUGGGACCCAUUUCUCUUCCGAAUUCUUACAUUGAUCCGUUCGUCCUCUCCACGAAUCAUAAACUUACCUGGCUGGGAGAGCGGCACGAUCAAGAAGGUGUCGCCUCCACGGUGAGGCCCUCCCAUUGCACUUUGGGGUGGGUUGACCUGUGUGACAACUCCGAGUCGGGGUUGGCCAACAGCUAAAUUUUUGCGUGUGGGGUCCACGGACCUCUUAUAUAUAUUCUCCUAGAAUUCGAAUUUUCUGAUACGGGCAUCAUCAUCAACACGCAUUCAUCGUAGCUGAAAAUCGCCUGAACCUUGCAACAAUUUCCUUUCUGCUUUCUUCAACUUAGAAUUUAUUAGCAAUUCCCAUAUGGCCGGGAGAUAAAUCAAAUUCCGAAACCAAGUUUAUCCGGUUUCGAAGGGAGAUACAUACAGCUGCCCUGAGGAAAGCCGUUGAGAUCGCCUUUAAGACAUCUCUGGAACAAUAAAUAAAACACGUUUUGUGGAACCAUUAGUCUGAGGAGGAAUGGCUUCGGGAUUAUAGCUUGUUGCGACCUCAACGUUAUUUUCAUACGGAUGUAUUGAGCAAUUCUAUUGAAUCCAAGUAGGUAACUGUUUAGUGUCAAUUCAUUUCCUGAAAAUCAAAUUUAAUCUUAUCCUAUUGGAUAUCUCGUAAGCUUUCAUGUUUAUGAUUCUUCCAUUGUACAUAAAAUAUCCACUUUAGUCAUAAAUCAUCUGUCUCUCUUUAUCGUCAUUGGAAAAAUAAAUAAAAUGCAGGCUAAGCUUGUUUUACGAAAGCCAAACCAAAACUUUUUUUAUUGGUUUGGCAAAUUAAUUUCAUUUUUCCAAUAGUCGACAUGUAAUUCGGGUGCCUGGAAAGAAAAGAAAAGGUUUUAAGGGACCACAGAUGACGACAUCAGGCCUAAAUUGGGUGUUGUUUAUUGUUUUUAUAUACAGGGCCUUACUACAUAGUCUCCGGGAUUAACUUUCUUUUUAUAAUUGUUUUUGCCGUUCGUUAUUUUCGUUAACAAUUCGCUCCUAUUGCUGUAAAAUUCGUUUUUCUUCGGUCCGCCAAGAUCGCGCUGAUUUCACGCUUGACUAACCGCAGAGGAGGGAAAUGCUUAUUUGAUACGUCUUUCUCAUUAUUCUCCGUCUCGACGAAACCAACGAACCGUUUCCAAAUCAUCCCCCAAUUCUCUCCAUCAGGUAAUUUACAGGUCGUUAUUUUUUGGGACGGGAAAAGAAUUGACGUAUUUUUCAUUCAUUAACAUAUUCAUUUAUAGCCGAUGAAAGUGAGAUCUCAAAUGCGAUUUCUGUAAGAGUAAGGAUCGUGUCAUUUUUCUGUCUUCUUAAAACAUUCACCUUGCCACGCGCAGGAUGCCCAUUAACUAGCCCUUUCUCUCCACCCUUCCUGGUGUUGCCUCGCAUUGAAAUUGAGGUGAAAUUAAAAGCAAGGGGAUCGGGGAAGAUGAAGAAGGUUGCGCAUACAUUCAAUUUAUGGUCAUUCAAAAUAUGGGCAGUUUCAAGGAUAGCCAUUUUUUGGAUCGGCCUUUUAUCGUCGCGUCAAAAACAAAAGCAUUUCCACAGUUAUUUACUUUGUACAUAGACAUUCGCGCUGCAAACUAAAAUUGCUUUUAUGUAAAUCGCAUGGUCGCUUUUUAUUAUACAGGGUGUUCCAAGAAUUAUGGAAAAAACUAUUCGUUAAUAACUUUGUGCUCGGUGAUCCAAUCCGAAAAAUUUUUUUUGCAUUUUGCAGAAAACCGUUGGAGUUUUUCGAAUCAAAAAAGAUUUUUUCGUUUUAUCGGCGGAGACUUCCGUAAUCCGCCUUGAAUUCGGCGGAGUGCUUUUUUCACAAACGAGGCUGUAAAAUGGGUUCAUUUUUUCUCCGCCGGUUUCUACGCCGAAUUGCCUUUUUUUCUUCCCAGUGGGCCGAAGACGCAAUAAGUCCUAUCUAGGCGCCAUGCCACCAGGAAUACCAUACGUUUUGGUUUUAGCCAAUUUUGACUCUCAAAAGUCGAAGAAAAAUCGUCCGCCGAGGUUAAAAAAUGUCUCCGCCGAAUGACAAAAAUUUGAAACAAAUGUCAUAUUGUAUCUAUUGAAUCCUCUCCCGCCCAUUUACUUCACACAUACAACAAUUUACAGCCUCGUUUGUGAAAAAAAGCACUCCGCCGAAUUCAAGGAGGAUUACCGAAGUCUCCGCCGAUCAAUGAAAAAUAUUUUUCUUGAUUCUAAAAACUCAAAGGUUUUCCUGUAAAAUGCAAAAAAAAUUUUUUGGAUUGGACCACCGAGCACAAAGUUAUUAAUGAAUAGUUUUUUCCAUAAUUCUAGGAACACCCUGUACAUUUAUUUUUCUUCUUCCACCGGGUAAGACGCUGAUUCGGGGAAACUAUUAAAAUUUGAGCCGGCCCUCGGGCAUGAAUAAAAUUUGUAACAUUAAAAAUUCCUGGCAAUUUUUCGUUGCUUUACCGCGCCUGUGGCGCUCUUCCUCAGAUUUUAUUUAUAUUUUGGAAAGCCGCUCAAGUGUUCUUAGGGAUUCUGAUAAUUCGUUAGACAAAAAAUUCCGGGAAGAAUUGAGGCCCUGGAAAGGACAAAUAAUUAGAGUUCGGGGGUUUCAGUAAGUUCUGUGUUUUGCUCAGUGCAUUGUUCUACGUCAAGACCAUGCGCUUGCAGAUGGCAUGUUGCAACAAAACAUGAGUUCAUUAUCUUCUGUUAUUUUAGUCAGCGUUUUCUGUUUUGUUUAUUAGAAAUGUUUAUAUUGAUUCGUAAUAUUUGCUCUUUUUUGGUAGAGAUAGAGUUGUAUUUUAAUUUCUCGAUGGGUAAUUUGGCAGACUUAAUAUGCUUUUUUGAUACUGUCAAUUUAGAGAUUGCAUAAGUGAUAGACGCAAGGUGAUUUUUUUCCCUCUGUCCCAAAUUUUCCCUCCAAGCUUCAAGUAAGGAAUCCGUAUAGUAUCCGAUUCCUCUUACUGACCCUUCUUUCAUGUAUACAGUAGUUGACAGCGAAUUGUCAAUUUUUUUAUUUCGUGUGUAACUUCACUCAGACUCAACAGAAUUUGAUGAGACUAAGAGCGUUUAAGAGGCUGGGAGACACGCUUUAACCUUAUGAAAUUGUUUUAUUUCAUAUCGGCCACAGGCGUGGUAAAAAUUUCAAAAAAAGUUUUUUGGGGGACAACGAAUUGUCAAUUUUUACAUUUUGAGGCAUAAGAUCUCAAUAAACCAGCAUAUAAAGACUAGAAUGGAGAGUAAUCAGUUGCCAGCAAUCAUAGAACAGCAUACAACGGGUUUCAGCCAUUAGUAUAAUCUCCUUCGCUUUCUAUAGGUCGGGCACUUGGGGGUGGACCAUGUACAAUAUAAUGUCAGCCUGGGGGCUUCCUAGGCCGAAAUUAUCUUAUAUUCCGGUUUUUUAUGGGCGGUUACAUCUUACUACGCUAGGGCAAGUCAAAAAAAUUACACCUAACGGGUUACACUUGCGCCUUGUUACCUCGAAUAUGUUAAUCAUGGCCUUUCAUACUGUUGGUCAGAGUAUCAAAAAUCAAAAAAUGUCGCGCAUGAAGAUCGUUGGAGAAACCUUCUAUAUUUGAAAACAAACUACAUUAAAAGACAAAUAUUCAGUGCCUUUCACAUGUCAGUACCAGCACUCAUGGAAGAGGUAUGCAGAGGGAAAUAUUUGGAUUUACAUGAAUUUUCACGUCGGGUUUGCAACACCCAGAAAAAUUCUUAUUUCUUCAAGCCUGCAACUUCCAAGACAUUUUAUUAGCAUAUUAGAGAUUUUUGCAAGCAUUAAAAAUAUUAGCUUUAACGUUUAAAAACGCAGAAGACGUGCAAUAAAAUCAUUAAUUUACUCAUCAGCCUAGUGUGGCACAAGAAUUAAUUGGACCGUCAGAAUCUCACCCGGAAAUUUCAGGGCGCCGAGACAGGUAAUGAAAUAAUUUGCAGAAUGCCGUUAGUUUGGCCGUAAAGGAGGAUUAAAUGAACCUAUGCCCCCUGUCGGCAAAAAAUUAUCGAUUUUUGGGCGAAACACAGAGUUUAAAUGACCAAAAAUAAUAUUAUCUGACGAAUUUUUGACCCGUAGCCCCUCCAAGUUGUAAUCCGGUGCAAGUGUGUUAAAUAUAUGCAAUAAUCUUCCAUAAAAAACCGGAAUAUAAGAUAAUUUCGGCCUAGGAAGCCCCCAGGCUGACAUUAUAUUGUACAUGGUCCACCCCCAAGUGCCCGACCUAUAGAAAGCGAAGGAGAUUAUACUAAUGGCUGAAACCCGUUGUAUGCUGUUCUAUGAUUGCUGGCAACUGAUUACUCUCCAUUCUAGUAUUUAUAUGCUGGUUUAUUGAGAUCUUAUGCCUCAAAAUGUAAAAAUUGACAAUUCGUUGUCCCCCAAAAAAAUUUUUUUUGAAAUUUUUACCACGCCUGUGGCCGAUAUGAAAUAAAACAAUUUCAUAAGGUUAAAGCGUGUCUCCCAGCCUCUUAAACGCUCUUAGUCUCAUCAAAUUCUGUUGAGUCUGAGUGAAGUUACAUACGAAAUAAAAAAAUUGACAAUUCGCUGUCAACUACUGUACGUGUAAUAAACUUACCUGGCUGGGAGAACGACGGGUCUUACCGUCACGGUGAAGCCUUCCCUUGCCACUUGAGGGACGGGCUGACCUGUGUGGCAGCUCCGAGAUGGGGUUGGCCAACAGCUAAAUCUUUGCGCUUGAGGAACACGAACCUCUGAUAAACAUAAAAGUACUAAAGAUUUGAAGUGCCAAAUAGGCUAGACUAGAAGACAAAGGCUCAAAGAAAUUAUUACAUAGUUUACAUCCGGAAGGAUUUAAUCUGGUCUGAUUCUGUAACCAUUUAAAGUGUCAUUGUUAGAGUAGCCAAAAAAGUUCUGGAAGUAAGAGAUUUAAUCAAGUACGAAUUCAUUCUCUUCGUAUCAUGUCAUUCGGUUAGAUUUUCGUCUAUGAAUAAUUUAUUUCUCAAUUGAAUGUAUCGAAUGCCAAGUUGGGGUGGAGAUAUUUUUGGACAAAAGAUUGUUUUCAGCUGUCAUUUCAAGCUGCAUGUGCAAUUUUCAAUUAUAGAUAUUGUCAUACUUAUUUAUUGCCAGACUUUUUGGUUGCCCUCUUCCCAAUAUAAUAGUCCACUGAUAUGAUUUUAAUUACCACAGGGUCUAGCCAAUUUGGAGUUAGGUGCAAACAUCCUUCGUUAAUUCAAAUCUCCUCCCGUACACACAUUUAAGGGAUUAAAAAUGUAAAGUCCAAGCGAGUAAUUCCUUAUUGUUUUACAAACCAAAUAAGUUAUUCCUUUUUGUGCUGACCGAACCUUUUGUGAGGGAUUUCCGAGUUUGGUCGCAGGCGUUCAAAGUCCGCGAAUAAACAAAAAUCCCUUUUUUCAGUCGCGAGGGAUCCAAAUCGGGUGCAGAAUUGACCGAUGGGUUGGAAUUAGGUUUGCAAGGGGUGUAAUUUGAAUAAUAGACAUGCUAAACUAAUUGAUUUAUUGCUUUCAAUUUCUAUUUAAUUCCAGGAAUACAAUUUAUAGUUUGAAGAACCGGUUUUAUGUCCUAUUUCUUAUCAACGAUUAGUUGAUUACAUUUAACACGCUUUCGUUGUUCCAUUUGAAAAGAUGUCAGGUAGCUGAGAAAUAAUUCUAAGCAAUAAUCAACUUGCUUUAAAAAAACUAAAAUUUUGGCAACAAAAUGCAAUGUUCUGUAUGUCGAAGAUUCAUUUCCUCCCAAUGAAAAAAACUAUAAGUCUCGUCAAAGCAAUUGACUGAUGACGGUUUCGUUUUUUUGUUUCCCUGCAAGGUCAUUGAGUCGACGUUUUUUCUAUACCCCCUCCCUUUUCCUAUAAGAAAAAAAGUUGUCUCUAAAGAUGACUAUUUCCUCGAUACCGUUUUUCCAGGGGUGAUAGUUUGAUUAGCCACCGAGAGAAUGAUGACUCAACCAGUCGAUGGUGGUUCUUAACGUGUUUGUAAUUCAAUCUUGCUUACUUGCGCCCUCUCGUUCUGUGUACGUUAGAAAUGUUUAUAGGCCCGCGUUCCGUGCAGGGAAAUACUACUUUUUAACCCCGCCGGGGGUUUCCAGUCAUCGUGGUGUCUCAGAAUAAGUGGGGGAUUUUUUGUUUUGAAGGGCGUGGCGGUUACGGAAGCAUGGAAUGAUAGGCCACUUUUGACUCAUUUUCCAGGGUUUUGGAAAGUCGAGAGUGGAAAAGUUGCCUCAGCGCGCUGUCUGGGAGCAUUACUUUGGAGUGACCAGAGGGAGUUUUUGUUUUUUGAAGCGUGUUGUCCUUCCUUGUUGUCUGGCACUUGUUUGCAAAUUCAUUAUCAAAUUUAAGCAAUUUCAUUGACUACGUAUAAUUUAAAUUGUAUCAUUCUGUUAAUCAACGGAGAUUAUUACGAUGACGAUUUUAUCUCAAACUUAUCACGUUAUUUUUUUAUUCUGCAAAAUUUAUGUCUACAGAAUGUUUUCGCGUAAUUUGCUUCUUAUUUUUUCUAAAAAUUAUGCAAAUUAGGCUAUAACUUAAUUUUUGCAGGGUAUAAUCGACAUGAAGGUACCGUCGAUAAUCAUAUUUAUCUUCGUGAUCUCAUUUACCUACACUACAGCCUUAAAGUGCAAAUGUACACAGAGCAGUAACCGAAAUCCAUGUGACAGUGGAAUAUGUGAAGUUGAUGCAAACGGAUGUAAGUUUAAGAUUGUUAACUUUUUUUCAUAUUAAAGUCCAUUCUGGCGACCAGUAACCUUUUCCGUUUUAAAAAAAUUAAUCUCUGAUUUCAUAUAUCAUCAAGGUAUCAAAAAGAAAAUUCACCGUUUUCCAUUAGCUGGAUAUAACAUAAUUUAUAAACUGACAUAAUUGAUUUAAGCUUGUUUAACGCUAAACCACGAAGCCAGUGGAUUUCAUUACGCCUGUUCGACAAGUAAACUCUCAAAUGGUCAAUGCACGGAUAAAACUACAAAAUCCGGACAGAAAGUUACCGUCUGCAGUUGUUCCAACGAUGACUACUGUAAUUUCCAACGAUGGGGACAACAAGAACAAAAGAGUAUAAUUGACUCAGCGGAAGAUGACGAUGCCAACUCUUCGUCUUCACUUAUCAUUUCAACUAGUCUAAUGCUGAUAAGCGCUGUUAUUCUAAGGUGGAUUAAUUAG